ACAGCACAGGAGUAGCCGGUUGUUGGAGUGACUGCGCCGCUGUGGGGCCGCUGUCUCCCUGUGCGCCCUGACUGGAGGGGGCUGGCUCUCCCCUGAUUGAAUCCAGCUGUUGUGAAAGUGCUCGGAGGGGGCCCGUCAAUUUGCAUUGCUAAAUAAUCUGUAGAGUUGACAGAGUGGGGCAGAAACAGAACAGUCCAUUUUGAAAAGGCAUUCCUGCAACACUUGGUCAAUGUACCGGAGCUUCAGCUCGACCAGACAGCGGUUAAUGAAAACCUGGUGUCGGCUUUCGCGUAAAGGCGCAUAGUUGGGGGGUGGUGAGAGCCCUGCUGGGUAGUGGUGAGGGGAUUUACGGGUCGUCUAAGUCUUUCCUUUUUAGAGAGUUCAAUAGAAAAACAUAAAUCAUGCUUUUUGAAAUACGUGGCUUCAAGUUUUCCUCUUCUGCAAGGAUGUUGGCAGCUCUGGUAUUUAUUCUGCUUUGUAUCCAGCCUGGACACGGACAGACCUGCACAGAAGGUUUUGCAUAUGACCGCAGGGCAAGACAGUGUAUAGAUGUGGAUGAAUGCCGUACUCUGGCAGAUGCUUGCAGAGGAGACAUGCGCUGUGUCAACCAGAACGGCGGCUACCUGUGCAUCCCGAGGAACUUGUACAACCAGCCGUACAGACCAGACACCCCAGCCCUGCCCGAGCCAGCUUACCCGGACACAUCUGUUGGAUUUUCAGACACAUUCGCUCCGAGAUCUGUGGAGCCCAGCUACCCCAGAGUGAGGAGCACUGCACCCUGCACCCUGGGAUAUACUCUAGCAGAGGAUGGCACCUGUAAUGACAUCGAUGAAUGUGAGACAAACUCUCAUCACUGUAACCCCACUCAAGUCUGCAUCAAUACAUCAGGUGGCUACACCUGCUCCUGCACUGAAGGAUACUGGCUCAUUGGCGGACAAUGUCAGGAUAUUGAUGAAUGUCGCUAUGGUUACUGCCAACAGCUGUGUGCCAACGUGCCUGGCUCUUACUCCUGCUCCUGCAACCCCGGGUUCAUCCUCAACCCAGACAGCAGGACCUGUCAAGACGUGGACGAGUGUGAAGAUGAGCCGUGCAGACACGGCUGCCUCAACACCUACGGCUCCUUUAUGUGCAACUGUGACGAGGGAUUUGAGUUGGCGUCUGACGGUGCUAAUUGCAUUGACUUGGAUGAGUGCAGCUUCUCUGAGUUUCUGUGUCAGCACAGAUGUGUAAACACUCCCGGCUCUUUCUCCUGUAUCUGUCCACCUGGAUAUUAUGUGUAUGAGGACGGCAGGAGCUGUGAAGAUAUCAAUGAAUGUGACACUGGUAGCAACAACUGUACAACAGCACAAGUAUGUUUCAAUUUCCAGGGAGACUAUAAAUGUCUGGAUCAUUUACAGUGUGACCUGCCUUACAUCGAAGUUAGUGACAAUCAGUGCAUGUGUUCAGCUGAAAACCCUGCCUGCAGGGACAAGCCCUUCACCGUUCUGUACCGACACAUGGACUUGUCCUCGGGUCGCAGUGUGCCUGCAGACAUCUUCCAGAUGCAGGCCACCACGCGCUACCCCGGCGCCUUCUACAUCUUCCAGAUAAAGACGGGCAACGAGGGACGAGAGUUUCACAUGAGACAAACCAGCAACGUGAGCGCCACGCUUGUCUUGUCGCGGCCCAUCAAGGGACCCAGAGAGAUCGUGCUGGACUUGGAGAUGGUCACAGUCAACAAUGUCAUCAACUUCCGAGGCAGCUCCAUCAUACGUCUGACGAUAUUUGUAUCAGAGCAUCCGUUCUGAGGGUCCCAAAUGAACUUCAAACCCCCUUCCACCCCCUCCCCUCCCCACCCAACCAAAAAAAAAUCAACCACGAUGCAGCUGCACUCACCUGCAGCUGAUGUAAUAGUUUGUUUGAGACAACUCAUCACCCUUUUUUUUAUUAAAUCAAUAUGUCAUCCUCAAUAAAGAUACGUCUGAUAAAGACUCAGCAAUAAGCUGAUGUGAAAGCAUCCCGGUGCUCGAAUCCCCACCCUGGUUUAAUGGACACUGAGCUUUUAUGGCUGCGAUAUGGACUUUCGACAUAGAGGGAUAUUUAUGGUGUACAAUUUCUGUCAUCCUCUAAUUAGAAAAUGACCUGAAAAUGAUGUAAAAUACCCUCACUGAAAAACCCAGCGUAUCCUAAAUACAUUCGUCCGUGAAUCUUCAUCCCUUCAGAUAAGCUGUGAAGGUGACUUUUAUGUGCCUGAUGUUAAGAACUGCAUGUCAUUGCAUCGUGAGUGUUAUCUGAGCAUUGUAGUGUCUUUUUUAUGAGACAGGAAGAGAGAGAAGAACAUACUGUAAGUGUAAUUGCGCAUUUGAGGUGGCAAUAUUUGACAUGAUGUAAUGACCAUCAUUUAUUAACUGAAUUAUUGAUCAGAGUUUUAUUACACCAAUAAAUGUCUUCACCACACAACUGUCCCUGGCAUGAGCAGGCUCCUGAACUCAGUGAUGCUUUGAUUCCUGUUUUGAUUUUGUUUUUGUCUCAAUGAGAAGCUGUAAGUGAGCCUGGUCAGUAAAUAAAGAUAUACUGGACAUGUACGGUGGCCGAGAGUGUUGAUGU